AUGCAACCUUCAACAGAAGAGUUUGGGAUGUCUCUCUACGAGCGAACUCAAAAGGCAAAGAAGGAUUUGCACAAGCGAAAUAUGGCCGAGCAUCUUGCAAUAGCCACCACUUACGUAAGAAACCCCCCAGAUACCGAUGUUCUGCGGUUGUCGUUCGUUUCUCCUUCUCUUCUGGAGCCUUCUGAUGAUUUGCAGCUUUGGCAAGUUCACUUGGCCAAUACCAAUGGCGGUCACCAACCUGAGCCGCUCGAGGGGACGUACCGUUCCGCCGUCGACAUGUUGAAAUUCGACAUUGAGCAUGGUGGCAAGACCAUUCGAGAAUUGUAUCACAAGAAUGUUUUGAAGAACAAGCCCUCCCGCAAACCAAAGAGCUCCAAGGCCAAGAGCAAGGUCUCAAAAGAGCAAGCUCGCAAGGAAUACCUAGCACAACUGAAGCUCGAAGCAGAGGCACGACUGGAUGCUCGGUUGACCAAAAACACCAUCCAGGAGAUUGAUCGAAUCAAUGAGCGUCGCAACAGCGAUGGCGCAAGAACUCUGACCCUGAAGAGAAAGCUCUCGAGCGAAUCUCUUAACAGCUCCGACAGCAUAAAAAGACAGCGCACUGGCAGUAUCCAACCCAUCACCAAUAUGAACAAGCCGGAUCAUGAAGGCGAAACCAAGCGGCAGAAGUCGGAUACUCCAGAGAAGGUCGCUGUAGCAGCACCAAACGACACUCAGGUCGUUGGAGGGGACAAGAGCAACAUCCACAAGCAGCCUUCUCCGAUUAAGGCGGCCGCUCCUGCCAACAAACGAAAGAGAACAUAUGAUGACUAUGACGACAAUGAGAACGGAGAACCCGCCAGGAACAACGUUCCAGCUCCCAAACGCAUUCGUGGUGACCACAACGGGAGGUUGAAGGCUGUCAAAACACCUCUUGCAAAGCAGUCAGAGACUCCCUCGGCUAUAUCGGGAGCUGUAGAGCCAUUUGCAACCGGUGUGCCCAACAAGCUUACGACUCCGACCGCAGUCGCAAAGCCUGGACCUAGCAACACCGCUCCAAAGCCCAAAUCGACCGGCACGCUGGCUUCUGACCAGGAGGGGCACAAGACUGGCGAUAACUUUGUGUUGAAGGGAGGCGAUCAACUUCGCAACAAGUACAAAAAGAAGCCGCUGCCACCGAUGAUGACGAAGAUAGGCAGUGUCCCAAAGGUUUACAAGCCAGUCUUCAAGUCCAAGAAGCUGUUAGGACUUGGGGACGCAACGCCGCCUCCAUCUCCUUAG